CCGGCUUUCUGAAACAUCUGAAAAAAAUAAAAUCUUAAACAAUAGAAAAACAAAAUGGUCCGUCAAUCCGUUCUUUCUGACUGCUUGAACAACAUCGUUAACGCUGAACGUCGCGGACGUCGUCAAGUGCUUAUUCGUCCGUCCUCUAAGGUUAUUGUCAAAUUCUUGACAGUUAUGCAAAAGCAUGGUUACAUUGACGAAUUUGAGGAGAUUGAUGACCAUCGUUCUGGCAAGAUUGUUAUCCAAUUGAACGGUCGUAUCAACAAGUGUGGUGUUAUUUCCCCUCGCUACAACAUCAAGAUCAAGGAUAUUGAGAAGUGGGUCAACAACCUGUUGCCCUCUCGUCAAGUUGGUAUCAUUGUCUUGACCACCUCCCGUGGUAUCAUGUCUCACAAUGAAGCUCGUGCCAAGGACACUGGUGGUAAAAUCCUUGGUUUCUUCUAUUAAAUUGAAAUCUCAAACCAGAAAAAGAAUAGAUGCUGAUGUUUAUUAUCAUUUUAAUUGAAUCUGGUUGUAGAAAGUUAUGUUUGUGCGAUUUAAAAAACCGUUCUGGUAACGUUAUUGAAUCUCAUGAGACAUGAGCUUUUCAUUGACUAUGUAUAAUAAUAUGUGAAUAUAAUGGG